AUGGCGCGACUUUUGCUGCUGGACAUCUUCCAAUGGUUCGCAAUUCUCAUUGGUUUGACCUCCUACCGAUUUCGCGCCGAUCGCCUCAUUCAAACGCGUCUCACCCGAGGCUACACGUUGAUCGUUAAUGUCAUUCUGGUGGCACUGCUGCCGGUGGUUGUGGUUGCGACCAAAAUCUCCUGGGUGGACAUGUGGCUGCCGAGUUAUAUGUGGCUCACGCCGAUCGUUCUUUACGUCGUGAACUACGCGGUCAUCGUCCAGACUCUGAUCUCUCGCGGACAGCGGGACAGCUUACUGAUGGAGCUGCAUCGUUUGAUUGUGCAACUCAACGGGGAGAUGGAGCGAGCUGGCAAGCAGAUGAGUGCAAAGCUGCGCAGACUGUUCUAUGUGAAAUCCCUGACCCUGACUUACCUUUUCCUCUGCUAUGUGCUGGGCGCCUGUCUGCACGAUGGCCGAUUCACGCUGCCCAUGUGGCUGGCCUCGGUGCUGCUCAACAAUGGCUACACCAUCCUCAUUGCCACGCCGCAUCUGUACUUUGUGUCCUUCUGGCAUGUGGCGCUUGGAUACGAUUUCGUGAACCAGCAGCUGGCGGAGCUCAUUGCCACGCGCUCGCCCCUGGCCGCUGGCUAUGCGGAGGAGCUGCGCAGCCUGUGGUCGCUGCACGCCAGACUCAGCCGCAUGGCGCACAAGUUAAACAGAAUCUACGGUCGUCAGAUGUUGGCUUCACGCUUCGAUUUCGUCGCUUUUACCAUCAUCAACAGCUAUCUGGGCAUCAUCUUCUCGCUGAGCGAACCCGCGCCCUUCUAUGCGAAAGUGUAUGGCGCUCUGCUGUGCUCCACGCGCACGAUGGACUUUUUUAUGACCGAUUAUAUCUGCGACUUGGUGGCGCGGUAUCAGAGCAAGCCGCAGCACAACAUCAGCGAGGGAAUCAUGCGCAGGGAGCUCAGCUCGUUUGUGAUCUAUCAGCAAAGCAUGACACUUAAUUUAAAGGUUUGCGGUCUGUUCCCAGUCAAUCGCAAGGAGUGGCUCAACAUGAUGGGCGCCAUUCUGUGUCACUCUGUGCUGCUGCUGCAGUAUCAUCUGAUGAUGUCCACUAAGCGGGAACUAUAA